UUUUGUUUUUUUUUAAUGCGGACUAACAGUGGGUUUUAACCCGUUGUUGUCAAACUGCUUCGGGAACACACAGGGGUCAGGCUAGGGGGAAGCUGUCAGCUAAUGCUAGUGGCUAAUGGCUAAUGCUAGCUAGCUGUGCUGUGCUGUGCUGUGCUGUUUAUCUGACAGUCCCCGGCGGCGUCUCGGUUUGGCUGCGGUGACAGCUGGGACCUCUUUAGUUUAAACCUAUUUGCACGAGCUUCAAUUACUCGGUGUGCCUUCGGUCGAUACACGCACCAGGUAUUCGACAGCACUACCAUGGCCAGUCUGCUCUCGAUGCAAUGCGUCGCCUCCCUGAGGAAAUGCAGAGGGCUGGUUCGAUCGAGGACCGCAGCCCUCGGCGUCGACGCGCGAAACUACAGCGGCAAAGAAGCGGCCGCCAGCGCCUAUCUGCACAGGAGCGUGGUGCCGUCCAUGCACUACCAGAAGAGUUUACCCAGGCUACCCAUACCUAAGCUGGAGGAUACUAUCAGGAGGUAUCUAGCUGCCCAGAGGCCUCUGUUGGAUGAUGACCAGUUCAGAACAACAGAGAGACUUGCGCAGGAUUUCCAGAGCGGUGUAGGGAAACGGCUGCACGAGGAACUGGUGGCCCAGGACAAAAACAACAAACACACAAGCUACAUCUCAGGCCCGUGGUUUGACAUGUACCUGUCUGCGCGUGACUCGGUGGUGCUGAACUUCAACCCCUUCGUGUGCUUCAAUCCCGACCCGAACGCAGAGUACAACGAUCAGCUGGUGCGGGCGACGAAUAUGGUGUGUUCGGCCGUGCGCUUCAUGAAAACGCUUCGUGCCGAGUUACUGGAGCCAGAGGUGUUUCACCUGAACCCGGCAAAGAGCGACACGGAUGGCUUCAAAAAGUUUAUCCGCUGGGUCCCGUCCUCGCUGUCCUGGUACGGAGCGUACAUGGUGAACGCUUACCCUCUGGACAUGUCCCAGUACUUCCGCCUCUUUAACUCAACUCGGAUUCCCAAGCGCGGGAGAGAUGAGCUCUUCACUAAUGAGAAAGGGCGACACCUCUUAGUCAUGAGAAACGGCAACAUGUAUGUCUUUGACAUCAUAGACAGAGAUGGGAAUUUAGUGGAGCCGGCAGAGAUCCAGGCCCACCUGAGGUACAUUUUGUCCGACCCGACGCCCGCGCCCGCCUUUCCUCUCGGGGUGCUGACCAGCGAGAACAGGGACGUGUGGGCCGAGCUGAGGGAAACGCUGGUAGCCGCCGGGAACGCAGAGAAAGUAAAGAUUGUGGACAGCGCGGUUUUCUGUCUGUGCCUGGACGAUGAGAGCAUGCAAGACCACAUUCACAUCUCCCGCAACAUGCUGCACGGCGAUGGCUGCAACCGGUGGUACGACAAGUCCUUCAGCAUCAUCAUCGCCAAGGACGGGCAGGCGGCCAUUAAUUUCGAGCACUCCUGGGGCGACGGGGUAGCCGUGCUCCGCUUUCUGAACGAGAUCUUCAAAGACACGACGGAGCGGCCGCUGGUGCACCCGGACUCUGCCGCCGGCGCCGCCUCCGUGGAUUCGGCCUCCGCCGUGCGCACACUGCAGUUCACACUGGACGGCAAGCUGGAGAACGGCGUCAAAAAAGCGAAGGAGAACUUUGACUCGGCGGUGUCGAAGCUCGCUGUCGACGCCAUCGAGUUCAAGAAGGGUGGCAAGGAGCAGCUGAAGAAGAACAAGCUGAGUCCGGACGCCGUAGCCCAGCUGGCCUUUCAGAUGGGCUUCCUGAGGCAGUACGGAGAGACGGUGGCCACGUACGAGUCGUGCAGCACCGCAGCGUUCAGGCACGGCCGCACGGAGACGAUCCGCCCGGCGACCUUACACACCAAACAGUGUUCGCUCGCCUUCGUUCGUCAGCCAGGCCAGCACAGCGUGGAGCAGCUCCAGGCCAUGCUCCACGAAUGCUCCAAAUAUCAUGGGCAGCUCACCAGGGAAGCAGCUAUGGGCCAAGGUUUCGACCGGCAUCUCUUUGCCCUGCGGUACCUGGCCAACUCAAAGGACCAGCCUCUGCCUGGCCUGUACGCCGACCCAGCCUACGCCGCCAUCAACCACAACAUUCUCUCCACCAGCACCCUCACCAGUCCAGCCGUUAACCUCGGCGGCUUUGCCCCGGUUGUGCCCGACGGGUUUGGCGUGGGCUAUGGCGUCCAUGAUGACUGGAUCGGCUGCAACGUGUCCAGCUACCCGGCUCGCAACGUCCACGAGUUCCUUCAGUGUGUCCACAAGUCUUUAGAGGACAUCUUCACAGUCUUGGAGGGAAAGCCUCUCAGUUAGGAAAACAAAAUGUGGUCAUCGAACGAAAAACAAAUAAUGUAGUUUAAUUUUUAUUGUACAGCAAAGGCGAGUGCAGAAAGAGGAUGUGAGAACUAUAUUUUUUAAACCAUGGGAGAAUAAAAGAAGAAAUCACAGCAUUAAGGUUUAAAGUCAUUCAGAAAAUGAACGAUGCCACACAGGUUGGGAUGGUGAAGUUAUUAUUUGAAGCAGUUUGAAAAUUUUAGUGGGAAUAAUAAGACGUCUUUCUCUGAAGUUUGUGAACGGCUAUGCAUUCUGACACAACUGUACUGUAGCAUCAAAAAUGGUGAAAAGUAAAACAACGUCGGGUUACUCAUUUCAGAUGUAGAUCUUCUCUGCAAUACAAAUCACAGUAUGUACUGUAUGGAGACAAAUGCUGUGCCUUAUCAAAGAGAUGGGCAUUUCACCCAAAGCGUUUACUAAUGUCACUACAUGUUGGUCAUCAUCACCGUUUGUCAUUUGCAGCCUUAUUGGUGUGGGUGAAUGUAAGCUGUGCACAAAACUUGAUUGUUUUGCUAAUUUAUUUCAAAUGUUUCUGUUGCUGCAAUACUUUCCUGUUGAAAAUAAUUUAAAUAAAACGAAAUUGGUACACACGA